CAGCACUCGGCCGGCGGCGCCUUUGAUGUUCGGACCCGCCAGCUCCCGGAGCCGCUCUGCCCCGCGCCCUAGCCCGCGCCUGCAGCCCGCCCAGGCGGAGUCAGCCCGCGCUCCGCCCGCCGCGAUCUGGGUUCGGAGGUUCGGACUCCGGGCUCGCCGCCCCCCGGGCCGGCUCCGCGCCCCGCACUCCCGGCGCCCAGCGCCCCGCGCCCCGGCGGGCGGAGGGCACCAUGCCGCAGCUGGACUCCGGCGGGGGCGGCGCGGGCGGCGGCGACGACCUCGGCGCGCCGGACGAGCUGCUGGCCUUCCAGGAUGAGGGCGAGGAGCAGGACGACAAGAGCCGCGACAGCGCCGCCGGUCCCGAGCGCGACCUGGCCGAGCUCAAGUCGUCGCUCGUGAACGAGUCCGAGGGCGCGGCCGGCGGCGCAGGGAUCCCGGGGGUCCCGGGGGCCGGCGCUGGGGCCCGCGGCGAGGCCGAGGCUCUCGGGCGGGAACACGCUGCGCAGAGACUCUUCCCGGACAAACUUCCAGAGCCCCUGGAGGACGGCCUGAAGGCCCCGGAGUGCACCAGCGGCAUGUACAAAGAGACCGUCUACUCCGCCUUCAAUCUGCUCAUGCACUACCCACCCGCCUCGGGAGCAGGGCAGCACCCCCAGCCGCAGCCCCCGCUGCACAAGGCCAAUCAGCCCCCCCACGGUGUCCCCCAACUCUCUCUCUACGAACAUUUCAACAGCCCACAUCCCACCCCUGCACCUGCGGACAUCAGCCAGAAGCAAGUUCACAGGCCUCUGCAGACCCCUGACCUCUCUGGCUUCUACUCCCUGACCUCAGGCAGCAUGGGGCAGCUCCCCCACACUGUGAGCUGGUUCACCCACCCAUCCUUGAUGCUAGGUUCUGGUGUACCUGGUCACCCAGCAGCCAUCCCCCACUCGGCCAUCGUGCCCCCCUCAGGGAAGCAGGAGCUGCAGCCCUUCGACCGCAACCUGAAGACACAAGCAGAGUCCAAGGCAGAGAAGGAGGCCAAGAAGCCAACCAUCAAGAAGCCCCUCAAUGCCUUCAUGCUGUACAUGAAGGAGAUGAGAGCCAAGGUCAUCGCAGAGUGCACACUUAAGGAGAGCGCUGCCAUCAACCAGAUCCUGGGCCGCAGGUGGCAUGCGCUGUCGCGAGAAGAGCAGGCCAAGUACUAUGAGCUGGCCCGCAAGGAGAGGCAGCUGCACAUGCAGCUAUACCCAGGCUGGUCAGCGCGGGACAACUACGGGAAGAAGAAGAGGCGGUCGAGGGAAAAGCACCAAGAAUCCACCACAGAGACAAACUGGCCCAGAGAACUCAAGGAUGGUAACGGACAAGAGUCACUGUCCAUGUCUUCUUCCUCUAGCCCAGCCUGAGGACUGGGAUGGCUGGGCAAGGAAGCCAUAGAUAUUGCGGCCCCUUGCGUUGGUACAGAUCACACCUGGAGAAGCUCAAAGGCCGGGACUGGGAGAUGACUCCCUUGGAAGACAGGUGACAGCCCACAGGCCUAGUGACAAAAGGCCCCUUUGCCACCUUGUGGCUGUUCUGGGAACUGCACCUGUCCUAGGUCUGGGCCAGGCCAAAGCAGGGUGGCAGUCUGAGGACACUGACUUAACCACCCAAGUCCCGGGAAGACAGGACAAGAAAUCAGCCAGGCCUGUGCAAAGGCAGCAGUUUUUGGUUGUGGUGUAUGACUAUGAAUUCACCCUCUGUUUACAGAUAACUCUCUUCACUAUUCCUAGGAGGAAAAAGAAAUGCAUUCGGUACUUGCCCAGAGAAGGCCGCUGCCCCAGCCCCGUUCCUUCCGAUGACGGUGCUCUAGGCUGCCCCGGGUCCCCAGCUCCCCAGGACUCACCCUCAUACCGUCUGCUGCCCCGCUUCCCCACAGAACUGCUUACUAGCCCUGUGAAGCCAGCACCUACAUCCCCAGGUCUCUCCACUGCUCUCAGCCUCCCAGCCCCAGGGCCCCGACAGGCCCCCCGCAGCACCCUGCAGAGCACACAAGUACAGCAACAGGAAUCUCAGAGACAGGCGGCCUAGCAGGCACAGGAUACCUGGCCACCUCCAAGAGCCUACCCCCUGAGAGAAAAUGACAAGAGACCCAGAUCGCAUGGAAACCGGCCAGGGGUCCUGUUAACGUCAUCUCAGGGUCCAGACCCUGAAGAUUUCAGAGGCUGCAGAACUUCUGCCUGAACCUGAGGCCAUCGAUUCAAACUGCUCCAAGUGGUGGGAAUCAGAUCUGUGUUGAUGUGUCAUCUAAUUAAGGGAAUCCCUUGUACCUAUGGCUGCCUGCAUCUAUUCUUUGUACCAUCUGUCUUGCCAGCCAGAAGCCUCUGCCUCCCUAGCUUUUCUGCUAUAGGUCAGAGAUGGGCUGAACUGAGCCUAGCUACCUUCUCUACCCAUCUCCCCCAUCCCCCACUGCCACACCCUCCCCAUUCAGACACUUCAUGGACCAAGAAUGAGCUGGUUUGUCAAACAACAUGUGAGCAUGGUCACAAUCACAAAGCUCAAGAUGACAACUCUUCUAAGGAAAUGGAGAAGCUCUCUUUAUAAAAACAAAAACAAAGCCAGCUGCUACUCAUAAGUUGGACCAGAGGAAGCCCCUUACCAUGAUCUCAGGAGCUUGCAAGAAGGGGAAUGGAAUAGGUUAAGUUUAGGCCUAUCAACCUAAGCAAAGAAAUAAUCUGACACUACCUUAUCAGGCAAAUUGGGGAGGGGAGGGUGUAUCUAGCUCUAGUUCAAAUUAUUUGGAAGUGUUCCCUGAGAAACUCACCAGCCUAAGAAGCUCUGAUACCAAGGCCCCAGGCUUGUCACUAGCAGCUGCAGUCAAUAGUUCAAAGAAGUCAUGGCCCAAAUCCAGUGUGCACCCCUCCCCAUUCACAAAGCGUUUUUCACAAUUCCAUUUCCAGUUCAUCUGUGGCAGUCCAGCCAGCUCCUGGGCAGCUGUGAGAUGGCAAACCCAAAACCUCAUGACAGCCAGAGCCUGUCUUCCAGCAUUCAGUCCAGGCUGGCUCCAGUUUCCCCAUGGGGCUGCGGGACAGAGGACCAUUACAACUAGAUCAAGGAGCCCAGAAAAUCUCCAGUAGUGGACAACAGGUUUUCACCAUAGCCUGCGUUAACCCAUUUUUGAGCCAAGCUUCAACCCUGAGCCUUGAAAAACAAGUCGUUUUUUAAAUUUAAUUUUUGUUUUUUGCCUCCUCACAUAGCUUAAAUCCAAAGAAAAAGGGCUGUCUGGCCGGGCGCGGUGGCUCACGCCUGUAAUCCCAGCACUUUGGCAGGCCGAGGCAGGUGGAUCACCUGAGGUCAGUAGUUUGAGACCAGCCUGGCCAACAUGGUGAAACCCUCUGUCUACUAAAAAUACAAAAAUUAGCCAGACGUGGUGGUGCGCGCGUGUAAUCCCAGCUAGCUACUCAGGAGGCUGAGGCGGGAGAAUCGCUUGAACCGGGGAGGCGGAGGUUCCAGUGAGCCGAGAUGGCACUACUGCACUCUAGACUGGGUAACAGGGAGACUGCGUCUCAAAAAAAAAAAAAAAAAAAAAAAAAAAAAAGGCUGUCCAUGUACUCUCACACCCCUCAAAAAAAGCCUUUAGUUCCUACUUUAGCCACUGGUUUCUCAGAAUCCAAAGAUCACAUAUUCUAGUGUAACACUGCAAGAAGUCUUGAGAAAACGAUUAUUGUAGUGUUCAAAAUAUUUUUGUAUUGUUACUGCAUCAUCACAGAAAAACUUUUUUAAACAUGCGAAUAAAGAUACUUUUUACUGGG